GCGAUCCCCACUAGUCCCCCCAAUCCUGUCGCUUUGGUUUCCAUGUGGUUGCGAUUGGCCCUAAUAGCCGGACACACGGCUGCCACCCUGGGCCUAAACCAUGACGGAAAACCCGCGACACAUCGAAGACCUCGCGGACGAAUUGAUCAGUGACAUUCUCUCCUUCCUUCUGGGCGCAGAAUACCUGUCAAACGCUCCGUCCCCUGUGAACACGCAAGACCUGUCGCCCAAACUCAAUGGGCGCGCGACUCAUGUCUAUGGUGAGGAAUCAGAAUUGGACCGGUUUCGACUCGUCUGUAAACGUUUUCUUCGCAUUAGCACACCGCGAAAAUUCCCGCGCUUCGUCCUCCGGUUUUCGUUGAAGGGAUUCCAGAGGCUGGAGGAGCUCCUGCACAUGCAGCUGGCUUGUCAUGUGAGAUAUUUCACAUACAUGGUGCGACCCUUCUACCAAGGAAGCGGUUGGCCACAUAUCUUGAGUAAGACCAAUUUGAACGAUUUCCCUGCUGCGCAAAUCCAUCAAACCCGGUUGCAGGACCAACUCUAUAUUCUGGAUGAAGAUCAUGACCUGGCACUCCUGCGACGGGCGAUAGCAGCUUUCUCGUCCCUCCAGCAGGUCAAGCUCCUCCGGCUACAGGAUAGAGCAGAUGAAGAAUUACUCGAUUAUAUACAUGAACGCUCGCUGGAUGGGAUGCUAGGUAUGGACUGGGCCCCCGCGUGCGCCCGCGCGGUCACAGCCCUAGGUGCUUCUUUGCUUGCAUCCAAUUGUACAUCCGUGCGCUUUGUCGGGCCCCAGAUUAGCCCAGAAGCGACGGUCAGACUGCUCCAGGUCCCGUCUGCCACUCUUUCCGCUGUAGGCGCGCGAUUGACCUGUCUAGACAUUACUUUCCACACCAAGAUGGAUAUAACAUUGCAGAUGGAGAGCCUGUCCCGGGCCUUCCACGACUUCUUCCUUGCUGCAAAAAACCUAACAACCAUCCAUCUCGGGUUUGCAACCAAUGCGCCUCUCGAUCUCCCACUUGAACACAUCUUCCACUGCGUUCAGUGGAAGCGUCUCCGCACUCUGAGCAUCCAGGGUUGGCGUCUCGGUUCUGAAGAAAUUAUAGCCCUCAUUCGGCGCCAUCGCCGUCAGCUCUGCGACAUCCGCCUCAUCAGUAUCUACCUCCGUGAAGGGGAUCUCUGGCGCGACGUCCUCUCCGUCCUUCGCAACGAACUGGACCGUGUCGAGCGCAUUGACCUCCGCGAGAUCAACUAUGCCAGUCAUAUCGAUACCUCUACCGCAAAUGGUAACGGGCAUAGUCAUGGCAACGGUGUCGGGAUUGGAAACAUGCCACAUCCCCUCUCGAUAAUCGUCAACCGAACCAACCCGGAUCAAGUGCCACGACCGCCUCCUUCCCCACCUCCUCCAGUCUUAAAUACAGACCACCUUUCCUUCGUCUCGCGGGGGACCACGCGCCGCUCAUUCCCUGCUUCAACAUUAGAAAUCUUAAGCACGCUCUCUGCAAAUGACCUAGGCGAUAACGGGGUCAGUGUGAGACACGAGCAGAGACUCUUCUGGGAGGCUUGGGUGUUGUCUAGUCCGCGCAAGACUAUGCGUAGACUUGACUAA